AUGCUAUUUUUUCCCCUUGCUCUCUCCACCAUUGCCGACCUCGCAUGGCCUUUUGGUGAGCUCGAAGGCCUAGAAUACGACGAGGUUUGCGAAACGGCUUACGAGAUAUUCUUCACGUCAUGUCGUUCGUCCCCGGGCUUCGGGAGUCGGAAUGCAUCGACGUUUUAUUCUUCGCGUGAUGGGGACGAAGGGACCUGGUAUGGGGCAUUAGCGUUAGCCUCAGGGCCGGGAUCAUUCGGGCGGCGGGCGAAUCAGGGGGUGGUAGAUGCGCCUCUGAGUACGGUUAAAAGGGAUUUGGGGUUGAAGACGGUGAAGAGACCACAACAUGGUAGGAGAAUGACAAUGUCCGCUUUUGAUUUUAGUGGAGACGAUGACAGUGAGUCGUCGACGUCGCCGGCGUCAGCAAGGCCUCAGCGAUCUUUGAAGGCGGUGGAGAUCAUGAAACGACAAAUGAGGGUAUCAGAACAGAGUGACAAUAGGCUUCGGAAGACUCUCAUGAGAACCCUUGUUGGCCAAAUGGGUAGGAAGCCGGAGACGAUCAUUAUUCCGCUCGAGCUUAUUCGGCACAUAAAACCGUCGGAGUUCAACGAUCCACACGAGUACCAUAUUUGGCAAAAGCGUCAACUCAAAAUCCUCGAAGCAGCCCUUCUAAUUUAUCCGUCGAUCCCUCUAGACGAAUCGAAUUCUUCUGCAAUGCAUCUUCGCGAGUCGAUCCGAGCCGGUGACUGCAAGCCUAUAGACACUUCAAAGAACUCAGAGACAUGGAAAACACUCUGCACCGCCGUUGCAUCUUUGGCUUGGCGAAAUACCGAUGGUUUCCCUACUGAUGUGUGCCAUUGGGCUGAUGGAUUCCCUCUCAACAUCCACCUCUACAUUUGUCUCCUUCAGGGCAUAUUUGAUACCUACGACAAGACGGUAGUCCUCGACGAGGUCGACGAGUUGCUCGAACUAAUGACAAAGACAUGGACCACAUUGGGGAUCGAUUGGCCGAUUCACAAUGCUUGUUUCACUUGGGUGCUUUUUCGGCAAUACGUUGCCACUAAUCAAACCGAGCCCGAUCUUGUAUCUGCAGCAUGUACUAUGUUGACAGAGGUGGAAAAUGAUGCUCAAGAGCCAGACAGAGAGGAAAUGUAUGUGAAAAUCUUGUUUUCGAUAGUAGCUUCGAUUCGAGAUUGGACGGAGAAGCGGCUGCUCCGUUACCACGAAUAUUUCGACAAAGCAAGUGUUAGCGGAAUUGAUAGUCUUUUGCCUCUGGCACUAUCUUCAGCAAAGAUUUUAGGUGAAGAUGCUACAAUCAUGGAACGGGAUAUAAUGCUCGAGGAUUCGACCAGUGAUCAUGUCGGUCAUUACAUUCGAUCUUCGAUGAAAAAUGCAUUUACAAAGAUGAUAGAAAAUGAAAAUGCCAAUAAAGAAGAAGGGGAAGAACCGAGUGUGACCAUGUUAAAAUUUACUAAAAGAACUGAGGAGUUGGCUGAGAAAGAGAGGGCAAUUUUUAGUCCUGUAUUGAAGAGUUGGCAUCCGAUUGCAGCCGGCGUGGCGGUUGUGAUGCUACAUCAAUGCUAUGGAGAUCUGUUGAAGGAAUAUGUAACCGAGACACGUAUACUGAACGGCGAAGUGGUCGGGGUACUACAGGGAGCUGCAAAGCUAGAACAAGUUUUGGUUCAAAUGGUGGUCGAAGAUUCCGAAGACAGUGAGAAUGGUGGAAAAGGAAUAGUUACAGAAAUGGAUCGAUACGAAGUAGAUUCGAUCACAUUGAGGCUCUUGAGACAAUGGAUAGAUGAAAGGCUAAAACAAGGGAAAGAUCUUCUUGGUAGAGCAAAAGAAACUGAAACCUGGAACCCCAAGUCCAAAUUCGAACCGUAUGCGACAUCGUCGGUGGAGCUAACUAGUUUGGCUAAUGAAACGGCGAAAGAUUUCUUUGAAAUUCCGGUUGAAAUUACAGAUGAUUUGAUUCUUGAACUAGCUGAAGGUUUAGAGCAGCUCUUCCAUGAGUACACUACCUUUGUAGCUUCAUGUGGGUUAAAAAAGAAUUAUCUCCCUACACUUCCUCCUCUAAGCAGAUGCAAUCGAGAUUCGACGUUGUUCAAAAUCUUUAAAAAGGCCACUCCUUGCGCUGUUGGAGUAGAAGAAAUGAAUCGAAUUGCGAGUCUAGAUGGUCGCCAUUCUCGCCCAACAACGAGCCGUGGCACACAACGCCUUUACAUUCGACUUAAUACCUUGCACUAUCUGAUCUCCAAUCUCGAUUCUCUCGGUAAAGCCCUGACCAGCUCGCUGAAAGGUUCAACACGAAACGAUUCUGAUAGCAUAUGCGAACAACGUGAUGCUUCAUGUGCCUUCUUUAAAAAUGUUAUUGGAUCUAUUCAGGAUGCUUGUGCUCAUGUAUCAGAAGUUGCUGCUUACCGCCUUAUCUUCCUCGACUCAAAUUCUAGUUUCUACGAGGGCCUUUAUGUGGAGGAAGUAACCAACACUAGAAUUCGACCUGCAAUCAAAGUUCUAAAGCAGAAUCUAACGCUUCUUCAUGCAAUGGUCACCAAUCGAGCUCAACCAUUAGCAACGAAAGAAGUUAUGAAAGCAUCUUUCGAAGCAUUUCUUAUGGUUUUGCUCGCCGGUGGACCGUCUAGGGCAUUUAACCUGACCGAUCACGAGAUGAUCGAUGAGGAUUUCCACAGUUUGCAAAAGGCAUUUUAUCAUUCUGGAGAAGAAUUGAUAUCUGAUGAGGAAGUUCAAAGGGAAGCCGAGACAGUUGAAGGGGUAAUAUCAUUAAUGUCUCAGUCCACAGAACAACUGAUGGAAGAUCUCAACACUGUCACUUCUGAGACUAGCGGAAUAGGCGUUGCAGGUUCGGGGCAAAAGCUACCGAUGCCUCCAACAACGGGACGGUGGGACAAAUCGGAUCCGAACACUAUACUAAGGGUCUUAUGUCAUCGAAAUGAUCGAGUCGCGGACCAGUACGUAAGGAAGUCAUUCCAGUUGGCAAAAAAGGCAUGA